ACAAACGAUAAGCACGAUAAGCCGCUUAGCAUUGUUUUGCUAAAUCAUUUCAGUGUUAUUUUGCACAACCUCUGAACCGUACGCGGUAAUGAGUGAACACAAUACGUUGAUCAAUUUGGUGGAGCGCCAUGAUCGAGAUCAUGGGGUUCGUGAAGUACGCAUAGAACUGCCCUUCGGUGUAGUCGCAGGCAAGUGGUGGGGACCGGAUAAUGUGCGACCCAUUCUGUGCUUGCACGGUUGGCAGGACAAUGCAGGAACGUUCGACACGUUGAUUCCCCUGCUGCCGAAACAUAUCAGCUUCCUGGCUAUUGAUCUUCCCGGACAUGGAUAUUCUUCUCGGAUUCCGCAUGGACUAUCCUACCAGAGUAUGAGUGUACUCAGCUUGCUGCUUGCGAUCAUGAGCGAGUAUGGCUGGAAAAAGGUCUCCCUCCUCGGACAUUCGAUGGGAUCCGUACUGUACUAUGUGUUCGCAGCCAUUUUUCCGGAUAAAGUGGAUCUAGUCAUUUCGCUGGAUGCCAUCAAACCGCAAAUCUAUCCGGUGGAAUUUAUCAUCGCACGGUUGAUCGAUGCAACCGAGCAAUUUAUGGUGGCCGAUCUUCGUAACCAGGAAAAAUCCGAACCGCCUUGCUAUACUUACGAAGAAAUGAUAGAACGGCUGCACAAUGCCACGUUCAAAUCGAUAAGCCGUGAUACGUGUCCGUAUCUGCUGCAUCGGAACAUCAAACGUAGCGCCAAGUUUCCCGAAAAGUACUACUUUACGAGAGACAGUCGUCUGAAGCAUUUUUCCGGACCUCCAUUUUCGCGGGAAGUUAAUGUAGAUUUGGCACACCGCCUGAAUAUGCCAUUUCUGUUCAUCAAAGCUACUCGUUCGUCAUAUUUUGAAGAUAAGAAAUACUACGACGAAGUGGUGGAAAUACUUCAGACCAACAAUCCAUAUUUUGAGCUGGAAACGGUAGAGGGAACACAUCACGUGCACUUGACGAACCCGGAACGGGUGGCACCGGUUAUAACGGAGUUCUUGAGCAAAUACUGGACAAAAGAUGAAGAUGUAGUCAGCAAAUUGUGAAGUCUGAAAAAAUAUACAUACA